GGUCUUGUGCCGUGCUCCCCCAUUCACCCCAACGUGUGCAUCUCGGCGGAUGUUCUUGAGCUCUUCCGCGUCUCUCGCCUUCGCUGUCCCCACUUUUCUAUCCAGGCAUUUGUAAAGACCAUCUGCGACCUCCACGCCACCGCUUACGCCACCUAUCUCACCCGGCAAUUCACCAUUGCUUUCGACGUGUAUCAGCAAGUCCUUGCGGAGGUCAAUAUCAAAGUCCAGUGCGCCCUUCAACGCGACACGCCGGACUGGAGACUCAAGAAUGCCUGCCCUGCGUGUACAUAUAAGUUGGAAGAUGAGGACGACUUGCGUUUUGCCAUGCUAUAUACAAUGGACGGCAACGACUCAAUGAAAAGGUACCGUCGGCGCACUUCUCAGGCCGAUUCGAUGGACGCGUCUACGUCGGCAACUGCUCCGGUCUCGUCUGAGCUCCCAACAGCCUUCAAGCUAAGGACUGACCGGUAUCUGUCUCGCGAGGAAGUCGACAUGUGGGCCAAACCUAAUGCAAAGCCUUUGGCCCAGGACGAGAUCGACGAUGACGACAACCCGUGUGCCGGCCGAUGGAAAAAUAUGCAGAGCGACAGCACGAAACGGAUGUGGGGGAUAUUCGAGGAGACGGGGGUGUUCGUGGCGCUAUGUCGACACGGAACGUCCCUUGUCAUUGCGGACAUGGUGGACAGCGGGGAACAGUCGAAAUAUGGGUUGGCAGUUGUCAAAAAGAUACUCGAUACCUUUGGACCCAAGCUCGGCGGCGGCUACGAUAUAGGCUGCCACUUCAAGACUACGCUCGCUAAUAGCGAUCUCGGGCGUCUGGCUGCAGAACUCAAGCACGAGUGCCUUGUAGGUGCAUUCCACGGUCACGCCCAUCGGCGCCUCUGCCAGCUCGUCCAUCUCGCCACGUAUGUGCAAGGCCUUGGGCUCGAAGAUCUGGAGGGGUGCGAGCGGCUCUUUUCGAAGCUGAAUGCGCUUGCCGCCGCCGUGCGCUAUGCUAGCCCACUCCGUCGACGACAGGCAAUAGCGUCGUUCCUUGAGCAUAACGAUGGCUUCGAGGUUUAUGCUAAUCUCAGUUUAUUCCUCCUCAAUAACUACAAGCAGGCGCUCAAGAUAUUGUCGGAAGGCGAGCAGGCACUGGCUAUUGCCAUGCAAGAACUCGGUGUUACGAGCACGGGUGAUUUCGAGGCCUGGCUAGAGGAGGAGAGGUCUUACUUGAAAGGUCUCCAGCGUGAGCCGGAGCACGAGACACUGCAGAUGCAGUACUGGGAGCGUCUCAACGCUCUCCAAGGCUGCAGUGACCAAGUCGCCAAGACGGCGGUCUGGCAGGUGGACACUGCGGACACGAUGGCACAGAAUCCGCGCGAUCAGACCAGUACACAGCUCACCGCACGCCGACACGCGCUUGAAAAGUACGACAAGGAGCUCGAGAUCGUCCAUUCCCUCGAACGGCAGCUUGGCCUAGACAAGCGAUGGACGCCAGACAUGCCUGAGUGGCAAGAGGCAGCUCGGUUGGUGGGGCGUCGCAAGUACCAGCGGGCGCUCGACUCCCUCGAAGGCUUGCUCGUCGCGCGUGUCUUCGAGCUCACCAAAAUGAACAGGUCCCAAACCGGCUAUGCGAUGCGGCAGCACAUUGGCAAGGCCCUGAAGACGCGCUCCCAAGCCAUUCGCACCGCCCUCGAGCGUUUUAACAACAUCGCGAAGGCAACAGGCCGGUCGCCACUUAACUGGGACGAGGUGAUACAAUAUACCUUCCUUUCUGACUUCGACUUGCUUCGAGAAGCCCGCCAGGAUAUUCGUACGCGACCGUGGGCAACACCCGCAGGGCGCAUAGCCAUGGAUGAAUACUUCAAGAUGUGUCGGGCCCGAGAGGAGAUCGUGCGACUCAACGUAGAGAUUCGCCGCGUGGCAACCUACCUGCACGAUGAGAUGAACUACUUACGCGCCUGUGAGGAUCAUUACCGGCCGACAAACGUUGUCCUUGCCCACCAAAUAUCCCUGCAUCGCCAGGAACGCGAGCGCUUCAGUGCGCUUCACCGACGCCGCCUCGCGGAGAUCGCCGCCCUCCCGAAGUUCGGCGGCAAUGUGACACCCGGCGUUGCC